UCAAGGUUUUCCUCCUCAAGACCUCCACUGGCAUUUUCCGUCGCCCAUGUUGGCUCAAGUCGACUCGGCACGAGGGUGUUUUGAGCGACGAUCGGUUGGGUGACUUCCACGCGGCGCAUUCGGCGUACGAUGGCCUCCAGGUGUGCUGCGAGGGCGGCCUGCGCACUGGCGCUGCCGCCGCUGGCGCUGCUCCUGUCGGGCUGCGACGCGCCGCCCCCUUCGGCCGGCAGCACGUGCGGGGCGAAGCCGCAGGCCAGCCCGAAGGGCGCGCCCGCCACCGAGGACGAGUACCGCUACUUCUUCUGCUCCGGAGGAGGGCUGAGCUGGGGCUCGAAGAAGGCCGAGCUCUACGCCAAGCGGGAGGUGGCGAACCUGCAGGCCUGCAACAUCACCAUCUCGACUCUCACGGAUCUGAAGAAGGCGUGCGACGAGCUCACGCGGCAGAGCCAGGCGACUUGGAAGGCACCGGACACCUUCCUGAGGCUCGCCUACCAGCACGUGAACCCGUCGCCGGUGCACGCGGAGUACUCGAUGCUGGAGCUAUACAAAGUCUUGGUCGGCGGCGGCGUGACCUCCAGCAUGGCCCAGAACCUGACCGUUCAGCUCGUCCUGCGGCACGCCAGCUCGACGCAGCUGGACGCCGCGUACAAAGCCAUGGGGUCCAAGAUCGACAAGCUGGACAAGAAAGCCGCGAUGGAUGCCGCCAUCAGCCUUGCGAAGGCCGGCGCGGACGUGGCCACGUGCAAAGCAGGCGACAAGUUCAAGGGGUGCAGCCAGAAGGCGGUGAACGCGAACCUGCAGGGGAUCCCGAAGCGCUACGCAAAGAACGGCGAACUGUACGCCGCCUGGGAGUUCGUCACCUACUACGGGGACGACUCGUGGCUGGUGGAGUGGAACGCGGCACCCGAGGAGAAGAGGUUCCUGCCGAACGAUCGGGUGGCAUACACGGCGGCUCAGUUCUUCGACUAUUUCGGCACCAGCUGGGGCACCAAGUGGCAGUCGGCGUCCGUGGCCACGCAGCAGAGGAUCGCCAAGAACGGCGCGAUGUACACGAUGCCAGAGUUCGUCACUUACUACAGAGAUGCGUGGCAGAGCGAGUGGCAGGAAGCGCCAGAGGUGAUGUGCAGGGAAUGCAGGCCGUUCGACGAGGCCGGCAUCUCGGGGCCAGCCUUGUGGCGGGCCGCGGCGUUGCUCGUGUGAGUGCGUCCGCUGCCUCCUCCUCCUCCUCCUCCUCCUCCUCCUUCUCCUCCUCCUCCUCCUCCGCCGCCUCGCACACUCAAGAAUUUUGAUACUUCGCCCGCUGCCGUGUGGUCCUCAAGCACAGCAGGGUGCGCAUCCGCGCAGCGUCUCCACCCAUCUCCCGAAGGGGCCACGCAUGCCGCCAGCUGUGUAACACCUGGGUGGCGAAGAAUUGCAGUAGAGAUGGCUUCCGGCGUCAGCCUGACGGCCAGUCGAGACUCCUCGCAGGUGCCACAGCGCUCUGAGCAGCACCCGCGUCUGCGGACAAGGAAAGGAAAAAACCUCCACUGCAUUCGAUGGUGCCCGCGGGGCGACGGCACUAGGGCACGAGUGCUGCACCUGGUGCGGUCGGGCUCUUGAGCCCGCGGGAGCUGGAGAGCUGGACGGG